AUGUAUCAAUUACUACAUUUUCGUAGUCGUUCUUUGCGAACUCUUAUCCUGGGAUUGAUUUGCUUGACUUUUUAUGCAUAUUAUCGCACUACUUAUUACGAUGUCCCUCAAUAUAAUGUACCACGAAAUGUCAGCCGAUCUACGUCUCAGGAAAUUUAUAAGCAACGGUCAAACGUCACUAUAGAGCUUCGUAUGUCAUCUUUGCCCAAGAAUGAUUCUCCUGAAUUAUCAAUCGUUGACACUUAUAACGUACAAAAUGUUAGUAAUCUUUCAAAUUCUUUGAUUACUACGCAAUCAACAUCUAGCUCUCAGACGACAAACGUAUCGAUUCCUGUUUCCAAACAAAGCAACGAAAAGUCACAGACACGAGUGGAAAAGAUCAUAAAUGAGACCAAAGAUGUCUCUGUUCCUUUGAAUGAGUGCUCUGCGCGUGCUAUUUAUGAAGCUGGUCAUAUGGUACCAAUUCCAGAAAAAUGCCCAAAUUUUGGUAAAGAAAUGGAUCUGGUAAUCAUAAUAAUGUCUGCACCGACACAUCUAGAAGCUAGGAUGGCGAUACGACAAACAUGGGGUCAUUUUGGUCAAAGAAGUGAUAUCAGUAUCUUAUUCAUGUUAGGUGCAACUAUGGAUUCCAAAGUGGAGACGAUUUUGAGAAAAGAGCAAAAAACUUACAACGACGUGAUACGCGGAAAAUUUUUAGAUUCCUAUUCCAACUUGACGCUUAAAACGAUAUCUACUCUUGAAUGGGUGGAUAAUUAUUGUUCCAAAGUUAAAUUUCUUUUAAAGACUGAUGACGAUAUGUUUAUUAAUGUUCCACGUUUGCAAGCUUUUACAAUUAAACAUGCGAGAGAUAAAAACGUAAUAUUUGGAAGAUUGGCUAAAAAAUGGAAACCAAUUAGAAAUAAGAAAAGCAAAUAUUUUGUGUCCCAAGCUCAAUUCAAACAUGCCGUAUUUCCAGACUUUACUACCGGACCAGCAUAUCUCUUAUCCAGUGAUAUCGUGCGUAAAUUAUAUGAUGCUGCAUUGGAUCAAACGUAUCUUAAACUCGAAGAUGUUUUUGUGACUGGUAUAGUAGCGGAUAAAUUGGGGAUAAAAAGGACACACGCUAAUGAAUUUUUAAAUAAAAAGAUUUCAUAUAGUGCGUGUAAUGUUCAACGAGGCAUUAGUAUUCAUAUGGUCAAAUAUAGCGAACAAUUUGAUCUUUGGAAAAAAUUAUUUGAUGGUAAAAGUAAAUGUAAAUGA